ACAAAAGGAGAAGAAGAGCCCCGUCGGUUUGUGGCAGCCAUGCUCCGUAGUUAGUUUAUUUCCUGUAUAACACAUUGAUUCGAGUCCGGGACGAGAGACAUGAGCGUCUCCUCAGCAGCGGCGGAUCUCACGCUGAGGUCAGACCCGCACUUUGUGUCUGGAGCUUGUUUCUGCGUGGAAAGUGAGCGCGUUAGCCGAGGCUAGCAUCACAAGCUAACCUGUCAGUGGACUGCUGUCGGUACGUCAGUCGCAGCUGCUCGGUGCUUCUCUGCGCCUCCGGGCACAGCAGGCUCCCAGAUCCCAGAGCGGCUGAAGAUUGAUGCGUUGGACCAAGAAGCUGCCGCCAUGGGUACGACGACGAGCGAGCCAUGCAUCUACGACAAACUGUCCGAGAGCAUCGACAUCCUCCGGCAGUCGGGCUACCGCUACGGCAUGUCGGAGAGGGAGAUCGAGAGGUUCAUCAAGCAGGUCCUGGAGACCAACGAGCCCAGGAGAGAGCCCCCGCAGUUCCCCAUCCUGAGAGCCACCAUCAAGUUUGUGGUGGUAGUGGGCCUCCUGCUGGUGGCGGCGCUGGCCUUCACCUACCCUCAGACUUCCCCCCAGCUCGGUCUGGUCAACCUGGGCUGCUACAACUGGUCGUCGCCCCUCAGCCACGUGCGCCUGUUGUCUCUGCCCAUCGCCAAGAAGUACAACCUGCAAGGUUUCCAUGAAUGGUGGAGUGCCGGCUCGCUCAGGCACAGUCUGGUGAACUGCUCGGGCUGUGCAGAGAUCUCCUCCGUGCUGGAGGUCCCAGAAAGCCUUAGAGGGACAGUGAAUCUGCGACGGGGGCCACAGCUCGUCCUGCUGAAGGGUGGGGAGUCUCUCAGCGUCCAGCGGCAGCAGCUGGAGGAGCUCUACUUGGCCCAUUCAGGGUCCAUGUCCAUUCUGCUGGAGGAGGAGGACGGCCUGCAGAACCACAACUUCGGCCUCCCUCAGGGACCCGCCAACUUCACCCUGCUCUGGAGGUUCAGCUCUGGAACCAGGGAGAAGGUGUUGAGGUGGCUCUUCCCCAAGGCGGAGCUCUGUCCCCUGCUGGACAGUGCGGGCACCAUCCUGCAGCGCUGCCUGGUCACCCACAGCACGAACUCCCAGAGCAAGGGCGUCAGGGUGCUGGGCUGGCUGGUGGUGGGUGAGGGGCUGCCCACAGUUCGAGUUCUGCCUGUUCAUCGCUGUCAGAAACACUGCAGCUCCUUCAACCUGUGGCUCACACCUGGAGACAUGGUGUACGCUGACCCUCGGUACUGGCAGAUGGAGCUUUUCCCCGGCCGAGGCCAGAACAUCAUCUGUGACGGAUCGACCUUUUAACAUCCGGGCGGAGCGCAGCGAAGGAGGACAGAGUGGAGGACCCGGAACACGCAGAUCAGCCCUGAAUGUUUGAGACUUCCUGCCGAGGCGUUUCGGAGCGCCUCAGCCUCUGUGUGGCCCCGUCCACUGAUGCCUUAUAACCCUCCUGUCUUCUACCCGUCUACUAAACCUGGGGGAUCUCCUCAGUGAACUGGAAACCACCACACACAUGACUUAAUUCAGGAAAAACUGCAUUUCCUACUUGUUUAAAGAGUGGAGGUCUGACUUUCAUCCAUGUGAACGACACGUUAGUGAACUCUCUGCAUCAGCAGCUCUGAUGUCCUGCAUGUGCUUUUGCCAUAGCUUCAAGCAGAACUCAAGAAAAUAGGUGCUUCUCUUUUUCAGAAGGUCGUGGAUCACCUUUUAAAUCCCCACGCACAUCACUGAUCCGUCUGAUCUGCUGUCGUGUCCAUUUACAACCGUUUCCAGAUAAAAAAAAUCAUCAUCAAUCACAGUGUUGUGGGAUUGAGAAAGUGGAUGUCAUCUUUCUGUCUGUUGAUCUCUGCACCUGAACAGGUAGUUGGAAAUAACAAUGACGACUGGAUGGAUGCAAAAAUAAUCACUUCGCCCAAACAGAGAAUAUCACGAGCACCAUGUCAGACUUAAGAAACAUGUUCAGUUUGAUGGUCAAUGCAGCUGGUGUUAAGUUUCCAUCGUGUAUUUUCUAAUUACCUUUAUUCAGGAAGUUAAGAACCACAUGGAGGUCAGUAAGAACCCACAGCUCACUUUGUCCCUGGCCUCUAAUAAUCUAGUUAAAUUAAAUAAAUCUGAGCAUCAUGUUCAUUCACUCUGAACGUUCUGGGAAUUGAUUGAUUUUGGCAUCAGGAAUUUCUUAAUGACAUCUUAAAACUAUCCAGUCCUGCUGCAAUGAAAAAGCUGCUUCCUGACGAUCUUGAGGUUUUCUUUAAACUUUUAUUUCUACAGAGAAAUCUGUUAUUAGGCUAUUCUAGGUUGAUUAUUAAUCAAUUUAUUAAUUAGCCGUUAAAGGAGUAAUUUGUCUCCUAACAAGAAAUAAAACUACAACAUUCCGACUCAGAUAAUAUCACUGGAGGAGUUAUGUGGGUGAACUGAACCUUUAACAACUUACAGCUCAAACUCACAACACAUCACAAACCGAGACAUCUUCUAUAGUUUAUUUCCCCCUCACAUGUUUAUCUGCUCAACGUGUUUUUAAUUUUGAGAUUUUAUGGACAAAGCUGCUUAUCUAAUUUCACUGUAAUUAUUUAUUGUUAUGAUUGUAUAUAUGUUGAAGCCAUUAACUUUAAUUAAUAAUGUGUCGUAAUAUUAUUAUACUUGUGUUUAUCAGGACUUGAGGUUAACAGAUCAUCUCCAGCAGAUUCUGAGGAAAACAAUCUACGAGGGAGCAGAAGAAAUAUUUUGUGCAUGAUCAGGGUUUUUCACGGUGUGGACAGGAAGUCUGUUAUAAAAUCAGUUUGCCAAAGUAAAAGCCUGUCAAAUCUAAACUUCUGUGUUCAGAUUUGAAAAAUUGUUCGCUUUGCAUAGAAAUGUCACAGUUUUAUGAAAAAAUUAAAAGUCGCUGUAUUUGCUUC